AUGGAAGCUGAAUUGGAAGCAGUUAUAUUGGCAGGAGCAGAUGAGGAGGAAAUAGAACAUAUCAUCCUCCAUAAUAUAUUUAUUGAUAGAGGCAUUACUCAUACAGCACAAUUCAACUUGGAAAACUUGCCAGAUGAAGUAAUAAGACUAAAUUUUCGAUUUGAGAGGUCUGACCUUCAUAGGCUGAUGGCUGUUUUACGAAUACCUUCAGAAAUUGUCACUAUCACACGUAAUAAAGUGGAUGGUUUAACAGCAUUGUGCAUUCUACUAAGACGGCUGGCAUAUCCAAACAGAUUGUGUGAUAUGGUCCCUAUGUUCCACUUGUCAACUCAGUCUUUGUCACAAAUCAUAAAUAAAUUGAUAAGUGUGAUUAUGGAGGAGCAUGCUGUACUUCUCAACAAUUUGAAUUCAUUGCAGUGGUUUAAUAGGGAGAAGUUGGAGUAUUAUGCACAGGCUAUUCAUAAUAAAGGAGCACCUAUGAAUAAUUGUUGGGGUUUCAUCGAUGGUACAGCAAGGAAAAUUUGUCGACCCUCUGAAAAUCAAGAAGAGUAUUAUUCAGGACACAAAAGGUAUCACUGCAUAAAAUUCCAAUCAAUAAUUUGUCCUGAUGGAAUUAUUGUUAGUUUGAAAGGCGCAUAUCCGGGAAGAAGGCAUGAUGCCAGAAUAUUUAGGGAGUCAGGUAUCUCUGAAGAAUUAGUGCAAAAGACAUGUUUUGACACAAGACGAUUUGUUUUAUUUGGUGAUCAAGGAUAUGGGCUGAGUGAUGUGCUAUUUACCCCAUUUCAUGGCAGAAUGGAAGAUUUACCUGCCCAUCAGCAGAGUUUCAAUUCUGCUAUGAAAGUUCUAAGGAUAGCAGUAGAAUGGGGUUUUCAGAAAGUCAUAUCAGAAUUUGCCUUUGUAGAUUUUUCAAAAAACCAAAAAAUGCUACUUCAAGACGUUGAUGCUUUAUACAAGAUAGCAGAUACUAGAAACCAGAUACUGGACACCAGAUACCAGACACCAGAUACCAGAUACGACACCAGAUACCAGAUACCAGAUACCAGACACCAGAUACCAGACAUCAGAUACCAGACAUCAGAUACCAGAAACCAGAUACCAGAUACGAGAUACCAGAUACCAGAUACCAGACACCAGAUACCAGACACCAGAAUACCAAAUACCAGAUACCAGACACCAGACACCAGAUACCAGAUACCAGACACCAAAACCAGAUACCAGACACCAGAUACCAGAUACCAGACACCAGAUACCAGAUACCAGAUACCAGACACCAGAUACCAGACACCAGAAACCAGAUACCAGAUACGAGAUACCAAUACCAGAUACCAGACACCAGAUACCAGACACCAGAUACCAGAUACCAGAUACCAGAUACGAGAUACCAGAUACCAGAUACCUGACACCAGACACCAGAUACCAGAUACCAGGUACCAGAUACCAAACACCAGAUACGAGAUACCAGAUACCAGAUACCAGUCACCAGAUACCAGACACCAGAUACCAGACACCAGAUACCAGACACCAGAUACCAGACACCAGAAACCAGAUACCAGAUACGAGUACCAGAUACCAGAUACCAGACACCAGAUACCAGACACCAGAUACCAGAUACCAGAUACCAGACACCAGACACCAGAUACCUUAUACCAGACACCAGAAACCAGAUACCAGAUACGAGAUACCAGAUACCAGAUACCAGACACCAGAUACCAGAUACCAAACACCAGAUACGAGAUACCAGAUACCAGAUACCAGCCACCAGACACCAGAUACCAGACACCAGACACCAGAAACCAGAUACCAGAUACGAGAUACCAGAUACCAGAUACCAGACACCAGACACCAGAUACCAGAUACCAGACACCAGAUACCAGGUACCAGACACCAGACACCAGAUACCAGAUACCAGACACCAGAAACCAGAUACCAGAUACGAGAUACCAGAUACCAGAUACCAGACACCAGACACCAGAUACCAGAUACCAGGUACCAGAUACCAAACACCAGAUACGAGAUACCAGAUACCAGCCACCAGAUACCAGACACCAGAUACCAGACAGCAGAAACCAGAUACCAGAUAAAGAGAUAACAGAUACAAAUACCAGAUACCAGACAGCCAGAUACCAGACACCAGAUACCAGACAAACCAGAUACCAGACACCAGAUACCAGACCCCAACCAACACCAGAUAUCAGAUACCAGACACCAGAUACCAGAUACCAAACAUCAGAUACCUGA